AUGCGCUCUGUUCUUGGCACGGCCGUAGCCCUGGCGGCCGCAGCCCUUCCUUUCGCUUCCGCCCAGACGUGGACAGACUGCAACCCUCUUCAGAAGACUUGCCCUAAUGACAAGGCUCUUGAGACGGCAACCUUCUUCUCCGAUUUCACCAAGGGAGCUUCCGCAAGUGCUGGAUGGAGGACUACCGCCGGCCCGAUCAACUAUGGACCAAGCGGUGCGGAGUUCUCUGUUGUGACGAAGAGGCAGUCGCCAACGAUCCGAUCCAACUUUUACAUCUUCUUCGGCAGAGUCGAAGUGAAGAUGAAAGCGGCACCCGGGCAAGGUAUCAUCAGCAGUAUAGUAUUACAGUCGGAUGACCUUGACGAGAUCGAUUGGGAAUUUAUUGGCGGCGACAACACCAAGGUCCAGACCAACUUUUUCGGCAAAGGCAACACUACCACCUAUGACCGCGGCGGUUACCAUGCGGUUGCUUCACCCAUGACGGUCUUCCAUACCUAUACUGUUGACUGGACGCCGGAAACCAUCAAGUUCUUCAUCGACGACACUCUUGUCCGCACAGUGAACUACGGAGAUGCCAAUGCGCUUCGCGGAAAGAACUACCCUCAAUCGCCAUGUGACAUCCGCCUCGGCAUCUGGCCCGCCGGUGAUGAAGACAACCACCCAGGAGUCAUCGGGUGGGCUGGUGGCAAGACUGACUACACCAAGGGCCCGUUCACCCAAUACGUUGAGUCUAUCAAGAUUACGAACUACAACCCGGCUGCAGAGUACAAAUACGGAGACAUGAGCGGAGAUUGGAAGAGCAUCCAGAUCUUGUCUGCUCCAUCAGGCGGACCUGUCAAUGGUGGCGACAGCGCUGCUGGAAACUCAACCACUCCGGAUACCACUACGCCCGUCGCUCCUGGAAGCUCCACUGCUCCUGGAAACACAACGGCGCCGGGCGGUUCUAGCAACUCCCCUGCUCCAGGAAACGCCACCCAGCCGAUUGACUCUGGCGACUCUGAGAGCGACGACGAAUCUGCCCCAACCCCGAUCACGACGAUUGGCGGCGCAGACGGCACAGUCACCGUUGUUGUUCCUGGCAGCACCACCGUUUGCUCCACCGACGCCUCGACAACUGGCAACGUUCGUACUACUGUUGUUUCGGGCAAUUCCACUCCCCUUGCCUUCUCGACUCCCGCUCGCUAUGGCGGAAAUUCCUCAGUGGCCAAUCCCGUGCCGAUCGAGAACGUCCCGGCGACCAGCACGUCUAAGUCUGCCAGUGGAUUCUACACCCUCCCCACCGCAGCCAGCUCCGUUGCUGUAGACGUCGGCCCUACCGCAACUGGUAUUCUCACGGCUACCGGAAAGCCCUCCGUGCCUGCUGUGACACCCGUUGUUGGCACGACUACCCGCAUUGUUGCUUCGCCUACGUCUUCUUUCCCGGCGCAGUUCACCGGUGCUGCUGGCAGAGUUGGCUUUGGUGGCUUUGGGAUCUUGGGUGGAGUUCUGCCUGCACUCCUAAUGCUUUAA